UCCUCCCAGUCACGGGAUCUCCUCUGGCCGACCUCUCGAUCUGGAUAUCAGAUUUGCCCCUGGAGACGCUGUGUCCAUCCUGUCUGCGUGCUGUACUGCCCCGAUCUCUUCCUCCCGAUGCUGAUGGCGGAUAUCGAAAGCUGCAUGCCCUGGAGGCUCGGAUGGCGCGGAGAGAGGUGCCUUUGCCCGUUCCACAUGCUGUUUUAUAUGUCUUUCGUAAUAGUGGCUUCUGAGGCCGGUAUCAAUUCCGGCCUCAUGAAGGUAUAUAAUCCUCCAUCUUUCCCCCAGAAUUAGCCUCUUCUCCUGGCGUCUUCUCUCUCAGCAAGGCAGUGAUUUUCACGGAAACUUGAGCCCAAGCUUCCCGAGCUGAUCUUCCCCCCCACGCCUUUGAUCGCUUUUGAAGGCAUAAAAGCAUUUCUCUCUCUCUCUCUUUGCCAUUCUGAUAUAGACGCAAACUCAACACUCUUCCCCCUCCAACAACCUUAAAACUUGCAUAUACAACUCUGUUUCUUUCUUUCUUUCUUUUUAUCUUGCCGUCCCCAAUAUUAAACCGUCAUGCCGACCCUCGAGGAUCGUUCUUCCGCUACCACCAUGGACAAGUUCCCUCACGUCCUGGAUGAUCCGGCCACCUUGCCUCGCUCGCUGGAUCCAUUCACCAUCACCACCUCCACUGGCUUCAUGCCUCUGAUCAUUCCUCCAACCACCCUGCCAGAGGUCUUCGACCCCUUAACAUCCCUCCUGGCUCGGCUCCCGGUCGAGAAGGCCGAUGGCACCCCAGGCCUCCUUGCCAACUUCGAGCUGGGUCCAGCCGUCCUCAAGGAGCUUCCCGACCUCACCGACGAGGUUGACAAGCUCGUCACCGACGAUGGCAAGCCGGAUCUGUUCACCAUCACUGCCGUCUUCCGGGACUAUUCCUUCCUGGCCUCCUCCUACCUUCUGGAGCCUUGCUGGCAGACCUGGAAGACAGAUCCUGACAGCGGCUAUGGUCUGGGAAGGGACCGCCUUCCACACUCCGUUGCCGGUCCCAUGUAUCGAUGUGCCGAGCUUUUGGACAUACCCCCUUUCUUGUCCUAUGCUGCGGCAUACUCUCUCUACAACUACACUCUUGAUGAUCCAUCCAAGGGCCAUGAGUACUCCAACUUGCGACUUGUCCGCGCCUUUGAGCGUGGCCUGGACCCCAAGAGCUCCGAAGCCGGGUUCAUCCUAACCCACAUCUACAUGGUUAAGGAGUCCUACGCCUUGAUCAGUGGAGCUGUUCGCAUCCUCAACUCCCUUGACACCGUCAAGGAUCGCAAAGAGAUCAACGAUGCUUACAGACAGAUCCUCACCGCCAUGACCAAGAUCGAAGAGUGCAUGGAAGACAUGUGGAAGAACUCUAAGCCGACUGAGUAUCUUGCCUUCCGUGUCUUUAUCUUCGGAAUCACCUCUCAGUCCAUGUUCCCCAACGGCGUGGUGUACGAGGGAAUCAAUGAUAACAAGCCCCUGUACUUCCGUGGAGAGAGUGGUGCGAAUGACAGCAUCAUUCCCCUCUUGGACCACCUCCUUGAAAUCCCCAUGCCCGAUACCCCACUGACAAAGAUUCUUCAUGAAUUCCGGGCCUAUCGUCCACUUCCACACCGUGAGUUCCUAACCCAUGUUCGCCUUCGAUCAAAGCAGCUCGGUGUCCGCGAGUUCUCCAUCCAAGACCCGGAGACCGUUCUCUUGUAUCUGAAGACUCUCGAUCACGUUCGCAGCUUCAGAUGGCGACAUUGGCUGUUCGCCAGAGAAUAUAUUAUCAAGCGGACUCCUCACCCAACAGCAACCGGAGGAAGUCCCAUCGUCACGUGGCUUCCCAACCAACUGUCUGCCGUUAUGGACCUCAUGAUCUCCACAUACGACGAAUACGUUGCUCCUAUGAUCAGUAAAGAAGCUGGAACCAACGGUGCUUCGUCCUCUGCCGCCAACGGUGAAGCAGACCUGGGGUCUACGAAGCACUAUAGAGAUCAGGUACAGGAGGUGAUGGAGACCGUGCGCGACCAAAGGAUCAAGCUGGCGAAGGAGGUCGAAAGGUGGUGCGCUGAACGUGGCGUCUAGAUAAAUAAAGACCGCCGACGCCGCUACAUACGGUAUGUACGUAUAUACGAGGGCGGGACGAUGCAGCGUUCUUCAGUUUUUUUCAUUUCUUUUGUCUACAUUUAGCAGGAGGAUCAGCAGACCCCCCGAGCGAAAAGUCAAUAUGGUGGAUUUCUGCUGCGAAAGAAAAAAGAUUGUGAUGAUUUCUUUUUUUUUUUCGCCUUCUGCUGCGUUGAAGCGCUGCGUUUCUUGUUUCCGCGACUUGACCACGAAGGGAAGUUUUGAGCGCUGAACAGGGCGUGUCACGAAUUUCAUUUGUCUGUGUUAGCUAGAUCCUAGCUGUUUUAACGAGUCGAAAUAUAGUUGGGCAUUCUUAUGGUCCUUUUUGUUUUUUCAGAUGCUUUUCCCAUCCUCUCAAGCCUGGUACGGCCCGCUAUCGUUUUAAACUGUUCCACCAAGGGGUAAAAGCUUCACUCCGAGAUGCGGGAGCCUAAAUGCCGCCAGUUCCCUCCCCUCACGCGGAAAAGGUUAUGCGAGAGGAAGUUCAGAGUGGGGUGUAUCGCUUCUGGGCUGAGUCCGCAAAAAUUUUUUCUCACAUCAAUCACGUGUCUCGACAUUAAAACAUGUUGGUCCAGAGUUGUCGGGUAUGUUAUCUUCGUAUUCUUCCCACAAGGUGAACUCGUCCUAGGAAGCACACCAGGGGGGCUAGAAAACACUCAUGUGAGCUCAGCUCGGGAUAUCUUUUCGGCGUGGGGGGAAAGCGACGGUGGAAGAGUCGGGUUUGAGGUGCUUAAGAUCGGCUGGAUUUAACAUGCAAGCCAUACAGCGUUCCCCUGCACAUAUAGUCAUAUAUAUUCGAGGGAUAUAGUGUUGUAUUCUCCUUCACUACGGCAGUUGUGAAACCUGUAUAUUUUGACUGAGGCCAUACUCUAUCGCAUCCCUACUCACAGUGCCGACGACUAUUUUCUCAAUUUUCGGCGUCUCUGCGUCGACGAGUUGCUUGAUGGUAAGACCGGAGAUUCUGGUUGCUGAGAGAUUAAGGACUUUCA